AGGCACUGUCAUUGACCCUCCUAGAGGACAAUGGCUGCAGAUAACGCCUCCUCUGUGACAGAGUUUGUCCUCGCAGGCUUAACAGAUGAGCCAGAACUCCAGAUGCCCCUCUUCUUCCUGUUUCUAGGUUUCUAUGUGGUCACAGUGGUGGGGAACCUGGGCCUGAUAACCCUGAUUGGGCUGAAUUCUCACCUUCAUAUUCCCAUGUACUUUUUCCUCCUCAACUUGUCCUUCAUAGAUUUUAGUUUCUCUACUGCCAUCAUCCCCAAAAUGCUAAUGAGUUUUGUCUCCAAGAAGAACAUCAUUUCCUAUGCAGGGUGUAUGACUCAGCUCUUUUUCUUUUGUUUUUUUUUUUUUUUUUUUUUUGUCUUUUCUGAAUCUUUCAUCCUGUCGGCAAUGUAUGACCAUUAUGUCGCCAUCUGUAAACCACUGCUGUACACAGUCACCAUGUCUCCUCAGGUGUGUUUCCUCCUUUUAUUGGGUGUUUAUGGGAUGGGAGUGUUUGGGGCUGUGGUCCAUACAGGAAAUAUAUUAUUUUUGACCUUCUGUGCUGACAACCUUGUCAAUCACUAUAUGUGUGAUAUCCUUCCCCUUCUUGAGCUCUCCUGCAACAGCUCUUACAUAAAUCUACUAGUUGUCUUUAUUGUUGUGACCAUUGGGGUGCCCAUUGUUGCCAUUUUUAUCUCUUAUGGUUUCAUUAUUUCCAGCAUUUUCCAUAUUAGCUCAAUUGAAGGCAGGUCUAAAGCCUCCAGUACUUGCAGUUCUCACAUAAUUGCUGUUUCUCUUUUCUUUGGAUCUGGAGCCUUUAUGUACCUCAAACCACCUUCUAUUUUGCCCCUUGACCAGGGCAAAGUGUCUUCCUUGUUCUACACCAUUGUUGUGCCAAUGUUCAACCCAUUAAUCUAUAGUCUGAGGAAUAAGGAUGUCAAAUUUGCCCUGAGGAAAACCUUGGGCAGAUUAACUUUCUCUUGA